AUGAACAAUCAGACAAAAACACUCGAAGCCAUUAAGUUUGAUAGAGACAACAUAAAGUUGGAGAUCUUAAAUCAAUUGGUAUUACCCUACGCGACAACUUACAUUCCAAUUACGACAAUUGAAGAUGCUUUCAAUGCAAUUAAGUCCAUGCAAGUCAGAGGUGCACCGGCUAUCGCCAUUGUUGGAGCUUUCGCUGUUGUAGUUGAUACGUUCAACUAUUUGCAUUCAAAAACUGAUGACCGCGAUAUAGAUUACCUUUUUCAAUCGUUAGAUUACUUGAUUAGUUCACGUCCAACAGCUGUUAACUUGGCCAAUGCAAUCAACGACAUUAAAAAAAUAUUGGCUAGUUACAAUGGUACACAACCACUAAACGAGGAAAUAUAUCAUGAGAUACUCGCAUACGCUACUAAGUUGUAUGACGAAGAUUUGGCAAAUAAUUUCAAGAUCGGGGACAAUGGGUUGAGUUAUAUCAGAGAGUCUUUGAAGGAAGAGGGGUUUGAGGGUCCGUUUUCCAUAGUCACUAUCUGUAACACUGGGUCAUUGGCCACUUCAGGGCAUGGUACAGCCCUUGGAAUUAUUCGAUCAACAUAUCGUGCCUUGAACAAAACCGAGUCGAAUGAAAAGUUUUAUUUGGAUAAAGUCUAUCCAUUGGAGACGAGGCCAUACAAUCAAGGUGCAAAGUUGACCACCUAUGAGUUGGAUUACGAAAAGAUCCCUUUUGUUUUAAUUUGUGACAACAUGGUUUCAUCAUUGAUAAACACUUUGAAUAGCCAACACAAGGCUAACAACAAAGCCCCUGUCAAAUUUAUCAUUGUUGGAGCAGAUAGAAUUGUUGAAAAUGGUGAUACUGCAAACAAGAUUGGUACUUUCCAAUUAGCCACAAUUGCCAACUACUUCAAUUCGACUCAGAAUGCAAAUAUCAAGUUCAUUGUGGCCGCUCCAAGAACUACAAUAGACUUAAAGACAAGUCAAGGAUCCGAUAUCAAGAUUGAAGAGAGACCAAAGCAUGAGUUAACAACUCUUGUUGGCCCACAAUUAGCAGAGAGUGGCGACGUAGGAGAUAAAGUUACCGUGGGUAUUGCUACACCUGGGAUCGAUGUCUGGAAUCCUGCAUUUGAUGUCACACCCCACUCAUUGAUUGAUGCAAUAGUUACAGAAAACACCAAGGUUUACACAAAAAAUCUGAAUGGUGAAUUCAACCUUUCCAAUUAG